AUGAGCCGGACAUUUUUGAGUCGCUUUGCGACGUCAAGUCUCCUCCGAGGGGCAUGUCCCUCCGCGCAACGUAGCCCUCUUCAGGGCAUCCGGGCAUUCACGCAAACCGCCCGGCGACAGGAGGACAAUGUCCCAAAGACCGACAAGCCCACGUCCAGGCGCCUGCUUCGGGACCUCUACGGAAAUCCAGAAGCACCGAAUGCAGUACCAACCGAGAUCAAUUCCAUGGCAGCUCUAUCACAAAGCGCCGUCUUCAAGUCAAUGAGCUCGUCCCACAUCGAUACAAGCGCUCUUUACGGUAACCCCAGUGUACCCAAGACCAAGGACCUCGACCCUUACCAUUUCCACAUCUACGCGACCAAGCACAAUACACAUAUUACCUGCACGAGGCCCAACAGAGAACCAAUCAUCUCUCUCUCCGCUGGCAACCUGGGCUACCGAAAAUCUCGGCGCGGGGGCUUCGAUCCCGCCUACUCUCUCACGAAGUAUGUGAUCGAGCGACUGAUACACGACGGCUGGCCAAUGAAGAUCAAGAGGCUCGAGGUUGUUCUCCGAGGGUUUGGACAGGGUCGUGAGGCUGCCAUCAAAGUUCUGAUGAGCCCUGAAGGCAGGAUUCUACGGGAAAAGAUCGUCCGGGUUGCCGAUUCGACCAGGAUCAAGUUCGGUGGCACAAGGAGUAAGAGACCAAGACGUUUGUAA